CUCCUCAAAUCUAUCCAGGCCAUGGAAAAAGUCUGGCUUUCCUUAAAUUUAUAAGACAUCCUAAACACCCCACGUCUCUUCACAAUCAAUUUCUCUUCUUCAACCUUUCUCUCUCUCACGAUCGAGGGAAAGCAGAAAGUAGAAGAUCGGCGCGCGUCUUUAACUAAUUAACCUGUCAUUAAGGAUGGGUAAUUGUGCCGGUUCGCCAAAAACCAAGGCAGACCACGAUGCGGUUCCAGCACCUGAGCCGGCUAAGGAGGAGUCGUUGGCCAUGACGACCAACGAGGAGGCCAAGCUUCAGCCACUAGAGAAGAAGGAAGUUAACGUUGGACAUCAAGAUGAAAAACAGAUUAUUGAUGCUGCUCACAAUGUUAACUCCCUCCAUGAGAAUAACACCCCGUCCCUUGGCUCCUUCCUCGUUGAGAAUGAAGAAAAGAAAGAAGCAAAAGAGAAUGAAAAGACAAGCGAAGUUCCAUCAGAGACUAAAGAAGGAGAAAAGGCAAAGACUGAGGAAGCAAAGGGAGAAGAAAAGCCAAAGACUGUGGAGGCAAAGGUUGAAGAAAAGCCAAAGACUGUAGAGACAAAGGUUGAAGAAAAGCCAAAGACUAUAGAGACAAAGGUUGAAGAAACGCCAAAGACUCUGCAGGCAAAGGUUGAACCUAAAGCAACCAAUAUCAAAGCAUUUGAGGCUGCAGCAGAUGCAAAAGCCGAGAAAUCUGAGGAGAGAAAGUAACUAAUUAAGUGAAAACCUGCAGAGUGCACACGUCCAUGUAAUUUACGAGGCCAAAUACAGUACUGGUUAAAGAAAAUGCAACUUUUAUUUCCAUUUUGUUCCAAAGAGAAAGCAUUUGGGUUGGCUAUAGGAAAUUGAGUCAUGAGUUUGUGGUGCUUCAUUAUUUCUUGAAGAUUAUUAUUUUCCAAAUAUUGUUUCUGUUGCUUCUCAA